AUGUCUCCCUCGCUCUACGACUACGGUACCGACGCCUUGCAGCUCUCGCCUUCGACGACUUGCAUGUCACCUUUCUCGCCCUCAUCGACUUGGACGACAGGAGACGUCGCCAGCGAGCCGCACUUCCUCCACCUCGACGUUCAAGCGUCCACCUCCGUUCCUGCGUCCGCCCCAAAAGCCGUCCCCGUCUUCGUCCUGCCCGCUCCUUCGUCGUCCCCUUCUGUCGGUCAAAUGACGCCCGGCGAUGUCCUUGGCGCCAGCGAAGGCUCCACCCACGCAAGUCGCUUGACGACUCCUUCCGUUGUUACCUCGUUCGACGCCGCUGUCGCGAAGCUCAAGGAGUCGACGGCGUCUCCUAAACCUGUGAAACCGGCGCCUCAGCCUCGUCGCAGGUCGGCAAGGACGAAGAAGGCGACGGCCGCCGCUUCAGCCAAAGGAGCGCCGGCCAAGAAGGAACCCCUCUUCCUUCCCGACCCUCCCUCGCCGGUCUCGCCUCUCUUGCUCGACUACACGGGUCUCCCAGCGCCGACCGACUUCCCCGCCGCACCACCCACGCCCGUCUCGCCCGCGCCAAAGCGGAAACGCUCCAAGGCGUCGAAACCGGGUCACAUCCCCCGCCCGCGCAACUCGUUCAUGAUCUACCGCUCCGCUCAGAUUAGGGCUUUGUCGGACUUUGUCACGCCGUCCGGUCAGCGACUGCCUCAGUCGGAUCUCUCUCGCAUGAUUGCCUCGAUGUGGCGCGAAGAGACCCUCGAGGUCAGGGAACGUUACGCUUGCCAAGCGGACGAGGAGAAAGCCGAGCACUACCGGCGACACCCUGACUACCGCUACCAGCCUGCAACUUCGCGUAGGAAGACCGGUGACGGCGAUUCGUCGAACCUCGACAAGUCGCACGGGCCGAUGGUCUUCCCUCCCAGUCCGCCCGCCAGCGUCUCGUCCUUGGGCUACACGACCCCUUCAGUACUCUUGCCGCCGCUCUCGCUCACCACAUCCGAGGCCUCGUCCGACUCGACUACCCCGACCACACAGCUGUUGUCGCCCUUCUCGACUUGCGACUCGCUCCCGACGCCUUCGCCAGCGGCUUCGGAGGCCUGGUCGCUCUUCCGCUCGACGCCCAUGACAUGGUUGGAGACGCCUGUUGAAGGAGGCGCGCCCUGGCCAACGGCAGUCUGCGAGCGGUCGGCGCCGGAGUUCCACCAACCAGCUUUCUUGGACUUCUCCUUCGCCCUCUCGCCGCCAUUCAAUAGUUUCAUCGCCGGCGCCGACGCAGGCGAGCUCGCCCUCCCGACUCCGCCCUUCGCCUUCGAGGAGGUCGUCGUCGAAGGAAUGGACCAGUGGCUCGCGGCGCCCAACCCGUUCGACUCGUCUUCGCCCCAGCAGCACUUCCCGCUCUCCCCAUCAUUGACGCCAACCAUCGGCUGCUCCGCAUCGCCACAAGAGCCGUUCACCUUGCUCGGCCAGUAG